AUGGGUUCCCACGACUCUCUCAACCAAGCCGAAGGUGCUCCUCGCUUCUGGUACCGCGAUAACUUCUUCCUCACAAACGACAAGUCUUAUCUAUGCCCUCAAACCUUCAACAAGUCUCUCGAUGACAACUGGUGGAGCAGCCCCUUGCCAAACGGACAACUCCAGAGGGUGCUGGAUAACUGUCUGACCCUGGCGGUGUACUAUACUCCUCAAACCGCCGAGGAGAUGAAGAGAAACGGCAUCGCUUCACCAAAAGAUGGCUCCCCGCACAAGAUGGUCGGUUUCGCUCGCGUGGUGACCGACUAUGUAACUCUAGCCUACCUCACAGACGUCUUCGUCGUCGACGAAUUCCAGAGGCGGGGAUUGGCGUCGUGGUUGAUGCAAGCUCUCAAGGAGAUCGUCAACGAAUGGAAGCACAUGCGCGGACUUCUUCUCAUGACCCACGACCAAGCCGCAGCGAGGCUGUAUCAAAGGGAAUUGGGUGCUCAAGAGUUCGAAAAGGGUCCAUCAGCCGGCCUAGUAAUGCUCGAAAUGGCCGGCCCAGCCGAGAAACCUGCACCCAAGCACUGA